AUGAGUCGAUACUUUUCCACUACCGCUCGGGCCCUUCUCAAGUUCAUUUGGAAGGGUACCGAACCCGUCGAUAAGUAUGAAACGUUGAUUAAGAACAAGAUUGCGAAGAAUCCAAAACUGUCGGCAGCCGACACAGUUGAGAUCGCGGGCCAGCCACAUGCUUCCGAGGCCGACCCGAAGUUGCGCGUCUCCGGACAAAUAUUCCGGAAUAAUUCUCGUUUAACUUCGGUUCACGCCUAUGAUGAUGGCACAGUGGAGUUCUCUAAGCAGCCAUCGCUCAAGAACACGCAGUCCUUCCUCGACUCCUCGCUGCAAUGCGAGCCAUCCUGUCAGGUCGGCAGAUGCGGUGGCGGCGUCUGCUCGGCGGAUCCGUUCCUCCUCCGGCGUGCUGCUGAAGGCGGCCCAGAUGAGAUGGCCUACAGUCAGCAAAAAGUGUUUGGGGACCAACCCUUCAAGAUCAUGUCCGGUGGGCUUCAUGGGUGCACUGUGGAUGACAACGACACCACGGACGACUCGGAUUACCAGGCCUUCCGCCAGCGUGCAAUAGACUUCAUGGAAGGCAACGAUGUUUUGAACCCCAUCCCCAAUGGUUACAAGGCUUACAUCCCACCAAUAGGCCCUCCCAUCGACUGGAAUCUCUUCAACUACGACGACGACGACGGCGACGACGACAAGGCGCAGAUUUACAUCAUGAUGCCGGUUCGAGAUGGUCAUUCAACCUCCGAAAAAAAGUUCCAGUAUGGAAAUCGCGUACAGACGGUCAUCGAUGCGGUGUCGCAUGUCAUUCCCGGCCGGUCAAAGAGGAGGAUAUACCCCUACAAGCGGCUGCGGUACCAGAUUCCAGCGGAGUUUGCGCAGGUUAAUACAAACCAGUGUGGGAUGGCCCUAUUCUAG